AUGCGUGAUCAAUUCUUUGAAACCAGUAUUAUCUAUGAACAGAAUAGGGACACUGAAGAAAUUAAUCGACUUCUCGAAAAAUGUAAAACUUUGGAAGUAGAAUUAGUUAAAUUAAAUUAUCCUUCAAGAGACACACCAUUUAUUGAAGUUAUACCAGUAGAACCGUCAGAACAAAUGGAUCAUAAAAAACUCAAUCAAAGUAAAACAGCAAAUGGAGAAUUUGAAAAGCCACUAGUACAAAAGAGUGCAACUGAAUCUUUGCUUGGCAGACGAGACUUUGACGUUAACUCAUAUUCGAACUCAACGUAUGCAACUUCAAAUCCAAUAAAUCAAAUAUCGGCGAAUACUUCUGUUCUUUCCACAAGUGAUAAUGAUUAUAAUAAUCCAAAAGCAUCGGGUAUUGACGAUGAUAAAUUGAACGAUAAAUGUCCAGUAUGUUACAUGAUAUUUCCACGUCACAUGUCAACAGAUCUUCGAUCAAUUCAUGUGGACAAACAUUAUGAGGAUAAUUGA